CCUAAAGUGGUAGGCGCCCGAGUUGACAAACAUAUUAUUAAAAGCGAGCGGGAGUCUGCGCGUGCAGUCGUAGACGCGUCUCGUCCAGUGUCGCUAGCGUCGCGAGACAUAGCGGUCGACCGCUAAGUGCGCGCAUGCAACCUCCGCGGUAAAGCGCGCGAACUUGUGACAGUUUGAUUUUUUUAAACACAGUGAUGAAGGGCCAAUGUAAACGGUUUGUGAGCCACAAAGGCAAGGCGUAUGACAUGCAUCCUAGGAAGAAUAAGAAAGAAGAUGGGGAUGAAAAUAUUGGAUUCUUCGCUCUGUGGCGGUACGCGACAUUGCUGGAGCGGCUGGUGUCAGUGCUGGGCGUGUGCGUGGGCGUGCUGAGCUCGCUGGGCACCAUCGCCGGCAUCGUGCUGUACGGCGAGCUGACGGCGCUGUUCGUGAAGCGACACACCGCGCAGCCCGCGCCCGCUGACAUAUACAUGCUCACGUUUUUCGGAGGAGGACGGCUGUUGCCCGCAGGCAACAGGUCGCUGCACAUGGACGCGCUGCUAGAGGACAGCGCGGCGUUCGCGUGGGCGAGCGCGGCCGUCAUAGCGCUACACAUCGCCACCGCCGCCCUCGCUGUGGCGCUGCUGCAGUGGGCCUCCGCGCGGAUGGUAACUCGGCUCCGCAUCCGCCUCCUCCGCUCAGUGAUCAGUCAGGAGAUCGCGUUCUUCGACACCAACACCAGCAUGAACUUCGCCACCACGCUCACAGAGGACAUGGAGAAGUUCCGCUGCGGAGUGGGCGAGCACGUGGCAAUGACUGCCAACCUAUGUGGCACUGUACUAGUGGGGGCCAUACUGGCGCUACACUACGGCUGGCAGCUGGCUCUGGCGGGGCUGUCUGUAGUGCCAGUCUCACUGGCUGUACAGGCGGUAGUGGCAAAGUACCAAACCGCGUGCAAUGCGCGCGAAGUGUCCGCGUACGGCGCCGCCGCGCGUAUCGUGGAGGAAGCGCUCGCCGCCAUCCGCACCGUACGCGCGUACUCGGGCGAGCGCAUCGAGGCGCAGCGCUACACGCGCGCGCUCGGCGCCGCCGCCCGCCACGCCCGCGGCGCCUGGUCCGGCGCCGGCGCAGGCCUCGGCUGGCUACUCACGUACGCGCUCAACGCCAUCGUAUUCGUCUACGGAGCGGAGCUAUGCGUCCGCGACAUGGACCUCGAACCCGAACUACAACAAUACCAUGCCGGAGUCAUGGUCACUGUGCUAUUCCUAACGUUCAUGGCGGCUCAGAAUAUAGCAAUGUGUCAGCCUCACUUGGAAACAUUCAGCGCAGCCCGCGGCGCCGCCCGCUCCCUCUACCGCCUGCUGCAGAGACGGUCAAAGAUCAAUGCACUGGAGUCCACUGGGAUCAAACCUGACAAGUUCCGUGGAGAUAUCACGUUUGAGAAUCUAUACUUUAAUUAUCCUUCGCGGCCUGACGUCAAGGUCCUCCGCGGCCUGAGCCUGCGCGUGCGCGCGGGCGAGAGCGUGGCGCUGGUGGGCGCGUCGGGCUGCGGCAAGUCCACGCUGCUGCAGCUGCUGCAGCGCCUGUACGAGCCCGACUCCGGACACAUCACCGUCGACGGACACCCGCUGCAAGCGCUGGACCUGCAUCACUUCCGCCGGAGCAUUGGAGUGGUAGGUCAGGAGCCGGUGCUAUUCUCGGGAACUAUCCGAGAGAACAUCACGUUUGGCAUGGAUGACGUCACCGACGAGGACGUCAUCGAGGCCGCCACCACCGCGCACGCGCACCAGUUCAUCACCAAACUUGCGAAUGGUUACGACACGGUCCUGGGCGCGGGCGGGUCGCAGCUGUCGGGCGGCCAGAAGCAGCGCAUCGCCAUCGCGCGCGCCAUCGUGCGGCGGCCGGCCAUCCUGCUGCUGGACGAGCCGACGGCGGCGCUGGACCCGGCCGCCGACCGAUCGCGGGCCGUGGCCGCCGCGCUGGCCGCCGCCGCGGCCGGCCGCACCACGCUGCAGGUCUCGCACCGCCUGCAAGGCCUGUCGGGCGCGCACGUCGUGUGCGUGGAGCAGGGCGCGGUGCGGGAGCACGGCGCGCACCACGAGCUGCUGGCGCGGCGCGGCCUCUACUGGGCGCUGCUGCAGGAGGACCUCACCACCAAGAGUGUGAAUGUGAUGAACUCGGAGCCAGUAGUGGAGGACGACGAUGACGUCACUACUGCUGACGACCACACCCACUUCAGGAGAGGUGUCAGUCAACAGUCCGUCAGAGACUCGUCCCGCCACUUCACCCGCAGCAGUGUCCGCAUGAGCUCGGUGUCUGCCCACAUACCGCACAGCGCGCUCGCGCAACUUGACACGGAGGACUCGGAGGACCCUGUCCAGUCCACGGAGGAAGGAGAAAAGGACACUAGUCCGUCAGUAUCUAGCUGGGAGCUACUGAAACUGAACGCGGCGGAGUGGCCGCAGCUACUAGGGGGGGCGCUAGCGUCGCUACUGGUCGGGGCCACCAUGCCAGUGUUCGCGCUACUAUUCGCCGAGUUGUAUGGGAUGUUCUCGUGGUCGGACGGCGGCGCCAUCUUGCGCCAGUCGCGCGUGUACGGCGCGCUGUUCGCGGGCGUGGCGGCCGCGUGCGGCGCGCUCACGUUCCUGCAGGCGUGGCUCUUCAACCGCGCCGGCGCGCGCCUCACCGACCGGCUGCGCCAGAUGACCUUCCAGAACUAUCUACUACAGGAGCAGGGUUGGUUCGACCGCACCGAGAACUCGGUGGGCGCGCUGUGCGCCCGCCUGGCCACCGACUGCGCCGCCGUGCAGGGCGCCACUGGUACUCGGCUGGGUACGAUGCUGCAAGGAAUCAGUACGAUGUCGCUGGGCGUGGGGCUGGCUCUGUUCUACUCCUGGAAGAUGACGCUCGUCAGUCUGCUGUCGGUGCCCUGUGUAAUGGGUGGUAUCUACCUGGAAGGCUGGGUGAACAGACGGGUGGAGACUCGAACCCGGGCCGCCAUGGAGCAAGCCAGCCGAGUCGCCACUGAGGCAGUGCUCAAUGUACGCACUGUGCAUAGUCUCGGCGUGGAGCGCGCGGUGCUGGCGCGGUACGGCGCGGCGCUGGCGGCGGGCGCGCGCGGCGCGGGGCCGGCGCGCGUGUCGGAGGCGCUGAUCUACGGCGCGUGGAUGUUGGCGGCGGCGCUGUCCGUGUCGGAGGCGCUGAUCUACGGCGCGUGGAUGUUGGCGGCGGCGCUGUCCGUGUCGGAGGCGCUGAUCUACGGCGCGUGGAUGUUGGCGGCGGCGCUGUCCGUGUCGGAGGCGCUGAUCUACGGCGCGUGGAUGUUGGCGGCGGCGCUGUCCGUGUCGGAGGCGCUGAUCUACGGCGCGUGGAUGUUGGCGGCGGCGCUGUCCGUGUCGGAGGCGCUGAUCUACGGCGCGUGGAUGUUGGCGGCGGCGCUGUCCGUGUCGGAGGCGCUGAUCUACGGCGCGUGGAUGUUGGCGGCGGCGCUGUCCGUGUCGGAGGCGCUGAUCUACGGCGCGUGGAUGUUGGCGGCGGCGCUGUCCGUGUCGGAGGCGCUGAUCUACGGCGCGUGGAUGUUGGCGGCGGCGCUGUCCGUGUCGGAGGCGCUGAUCUACGGCGCGUGGAUGUUGGCGGCGGCGCUGUCCGUGUCGGAGGCGCUGAUCUACGGCGCGUGGAUGUUGGCGGCGGCGCUGUCCGUGUCGGAGGCGCUGAUCUACGGCGCGUGGAUGUUGGCGGCGGCGCUGUCGUUCGCGCCGUCGUUCGCGGCCGCGCGCCGCUCGGGGGCGCGCAUCAUUGCGGCGCUGGGCCGCGCGCCCCGCGUCGAUACUGAGGAUACCGCCGAGGAGAUUCCGGACUGGAACGUAGAAGGCACAGUGUCGUUUAGCGACGUGUCAUUCAGCUACCCGACCCGGGCACAGACCCCGGUACUGCGCGGUCUGUCGCUGACAGUCCCGGCCAGGUCCAGCACGGCGCUGGUGGGUCACAGUGGCUGCGGGAAGUCCACCCUGCUGCAGCUACUCAUGAGGAACUACGACCCCAGUGGGGGGACCGUGACGAUAGACAACAAGGACAUCAAGCGCACCCUGACGCUCCGUCAGCUGCGCGCGCAGCUCGGGCUGGUCCAGCAGGAGCCCGCGCUGUUCUCCACCUCCGUCCGGGACAACAUCGCCUACGGCGAGCCCGGCCAGCACGCCGCCAUGGACGACGUCAUGGACGCCGCCAGGCAGGCCAACGUCCACAGCUUCAUCAUGGGGCUGCCGCAGGGUUACGACACAAUACUGGGGAGCGGCAGCGGAGCGUCCCUAUCUGGGGGACAGAAACAGAGGAUCGGUAUAGCGCGAGCACUACUGCGACGCCCUAAAAUAUUAUUACUGGAUGAACCCACGUCGGCACUCGACGCUAGCAGUGAGAAGUCAGUACAAGAGGCGCUGGAGGCGGCGGCGGCGGAGCGAACUACUAUCAUCAUCGCGCACAGGCUCGCCACUGUACGACAUGCGGACCUCAUCUGUGUCAUUGAUCAAGGUGUAGUGGCAGAGAGUGGUACUCACGAAGAGCUCGUGAGACGUCGCGGUCUGUACUGGACUCUGUUGCAGCAACAAGCCGGCGACGCUGCAACGUGACGCGCAACGACACACUACACGUAACGUGUAACUAUACUGACACUGCGGGUACUGUAGCACGCAACGUGCAACGUACCCUGCAACAUGUUCAUUUAUAUCGUAUCUGUGAUCUUGACUGUCUAUUCUAAGUUAGGACGAUAAGUAAUGUUACUUAUUUUAUAUUUAACGAGUAUCUGAUGAAGGUAUGUUUGUCUCUGUCUAAUUGUACAAAGACAAAAGGAGAUAGAAUGAUGUUUUAUUAUGUGACUUGGGAAUAUUGUAUUUUCCUCAAUAUUUUAUUAAAAUUAUUUGAAGGUAGAUAUCGUUAUGCCCGGCGAAGCUAGACUCGAAUAUAUGUCCAUUGAAUAUUAUUAUAAUUAUGUAGUUUUGUAAAAACAUUGUACCAAAUUAUUGGUAAUGUUUAAUUAACAACUUUAUGUGGUUGACAUAAAGUCGAUUUUUUAUUAAUUUAUUCUUAUCCAAUUAAUAAUGUACUCAGAUUCAAAAUGAUUGCGACUAACUACAUGUAAGUAGGUAUACGCCUGGCUGUUUCUUAUAAUGUACAAAUGUUAAUGUUUCCUAUUUAUACACAUAAGUAGUUGUAAGUAGUAUAUGUGAUACAAGCUCUGCCAGCUACAUUGUAAGGUGUUACACGGUGUAACAGUGCUUGCAACAUUACGAAUCAUUGUCUUAACUCUAACCUUUCUAUUAAAAACUUGAUUUUCAUUACUUUCCCUCAAGUUAUCAUCAAUUUAUGUUGUAAGGACUGAAACAUCGUCCCCUUGGUUAGUUAUUACCUAAGUUUAAGUAACAGACUCACGACAUUAGAUUUAAGUAUUUUAAUUUAGAACGUUUUGUCAAUAAUUUUAAAGUUCAAUUUUUCUCUAACACAACAUCGUGUGGUGUAACACGUUGCGUUGCAUCGCGUUACAUUACGUGUUGCAUAGUGUUUGUUACAGUAGCAUGCUACAAGCGCGUGUUGUGUACUUUAGAUAAGUGUGUGAUGUUUAAUUUUAAAUUCAAAGCCAAAUAUCAUUAAGUGUGCGUCUGUGAUGUGGAGUCUCUCUCGACUACGAAUUAAUUUACUUAUUUUUAAUUAUAAGGAACGAAGUAAGCGCUGAUCUGUGUAUUUUAUUAUUGUAGGAUUUUUAAUAAUUUAAUAUUAUAAAGUUUUGUUUGUCUUACAGUCGUACUCGGAGUCAUUGAAUGGUGACGUAACCCAGUCCUCAGCAAUUGUUUUCGAAACAAAAUCGUUACCAAGGAAUAGUUUAAGUAAUCAUUUAAUGUCUCCGAGUGCGACAGAUACACAAUAAGUACCUAAUUAAUUAUAUAAGUACAUAAUUUUCUUUGAGGGACCAUGUCUAGUUUAGUAAUAUUUAAAUAUUUAUAAGUUUAGUGCAUGUAAGUAACUCAUAAGUUUAGGUUAAGUAAAUAAAAUGAAAAUAAAAUUAC